GGUAGUCAGCAUGCUGCGCUUCCUGGUGCCCCGGCUGUUUUGCCUUCGAGGCAGGACUGCCCCGUACUCCUCAGCAGCAGCCCUCCCAAGCCCCAUCCAGAACCCAGAUAUUCGCUACAACCAGCUGUUCAUCAACAAUGAGUGGCAAGAUGCAGUCAGCAAGAAGACCUUCCCAACAGUCAACCCCAGCACAGGAGAGGUCAUCGGUCACGUGGCUGAAGGGGACCGGGCUGAUGUGGACCGGGCGGUGAAAGCGGCCCGAGAGGCCUUCCGCCUGGGGUCUCCGUGGCGCCGGAUGGAUGCCUCCGAGCGGGGCCGACUGCUGAACCGCCUGGCCGACCUAGUGGAGCGGGAUCGUGUCUACCUGGCCUCACUGGAGACCUUGGACAAUGGGAAGCCUUUCCAGGAGUCUUAUGUCAUGGACCUGGAUGAGGUCAUCAAGGUGUAUAGGUACUUCGCCGGCUGGGCUGACAAGUGGCACGGCAAGACCAUCCCCAUGGAUGGUGAGCAUUUCUGCUUCACCCGGCACGAGCCCGUUGGUGUCUGUGGCCAGAUAAUCCCGUGGAACUUCCCCUUGGUCAUGCAGGGCUGGAAGCUCGCCCCGGCGCUUGCCACUGGCAACACCGUGGUCAUGAAGGUUGCAGAGCAGACCCCCCUUUCUGCCCUGUACUUGGCCUCCCUCAUCAAGGAGGCGGGCUUUCCCCCCGGGGUGGUGAACAUCAUCACAGGCUACGGCCCUACAGCAGGAGCGGCCAUCGCCCAGCAUAUGGAUAUCGACAAAGUUGCUUUCACCGGCUCCACCGAGGUGGGCCACCUGAUCCAGAAGGCGGCUGGAGAUUCCAACCUCAAGAGAGUCACCUUAGAGCUGGGCGGGAAGAGCCCCAGCAUCGUGUUGGCUGACGCUGACAUGGGCCAUGCCGUGGAGCAGUGCCACGAGGCCCUCUUCUUCAACAUGGGCCAGUGCUGCUGUGCGGGGUCCCGGACCUUCGUAGAAGAAUCCAUCUACGAUGAGUUUCUCGAGAGAACAGUAGAGAAAGCUAAGCAGAGGAAAGUUGGGAAUCCCUUUGAGCUGGACACCCAGCAGGGGCCCCAGGUGGACAAGGAGCAGUUUGAACGAAUCCUGGGCUACAUCCGGCUCGGCCAGAAGGAGGGGGCAAAACUUCUCUGUGGUGGGGAGCGUUUUGGGGAGCGUGGUUUCUUCAUCAAGCCCACGGUCUUUGGUGGUGUGCAAGAUAACAUGAGGAUUGCCAAGGAGGAGAUCUUUGGGCCUGUGCAGCCCCUGUUCAAGUUCAAGAAAAUCGAGGAGGUGAUUGAGAGGGCCAACAACACCAGGUAUGGCUUGGCUGCUGCUGUGUUCACACGGGACCUGGACAAGGCCAUGUACUUCACACAGGCGCUCCAAGCUGGGACAGUGUGGGUGAACACCUAUAACAUCGUCACCUGCCACACGCCAUUUGGAGGCUUUAAGGAGUCUGGCAAUGGGAGGGAGCUGGGGGAGGAUGGGCUUAAGGCCUACACAGAGGUGAAGACGGUUACCAUCAAGGUUCCACAGAAGAACUCGUAAGAAUGUCCGCCAUGGAGACCCAGCUUCAGUCCAAGGAUUCCACAACCAUCUACCAGUGGUCACCAAACAUUUUUUUUAGCCAUGGACCCCCUUUUUUUAAUCCAAAUGAACUUUUAGAACCUUAGCAAAUGAAAUAAUUACAAUCAGAGCUGCUCUAGUUAAAGCAGGUAUGGGGACAGUUCAGAGUCCCAUCCAUCUGCACCCCAACCCACACCCCCUUAUAGGCCCUGAGCUACUUCCGUGAAACCUUAAGAAGCUCCAGAAGAUAGAUUAAAAACCACUGAUCUGGAUUUUAGUUCUUCCUGCGGAUCCAAGGGCUUUCUAAUGGAUUAACCUGCUGGCUUAGUGGAUGGGCUCACCUCAGACAUGGGAUUAGAAGGCAUUAGGGGUUUGAUGGAUGCUGAAUGUUGGCGCCAUUCUUCAUGGAUUUAACCUAAAAAUCAAGGGUGCUUUUCCUUUUCUAAGUACCAGUUGUUGGCUAUUUUGCUUGCUUGCCCCUAAUUUUCCUUAAUUUGGGGGAAGGAAUGGGCAAAGGACAAAUUUACUUAACCAUUCCUUUAAAAGAAGCUCAAGCAACCCAAAUGUCCAUCAACUACUGAGUAAAGAAAAUGUUUCCAUGGAACAGCCUUGUACUUUUCAGCCAUAAAAAGGAAUGAAAUGCUGAUACACACUGCCUCGUGGACGAACCUUGAAAACAUUAUGCUGCAUGAAAGCAGACAGACAUACAAGGCCAUGUAUUGUAUGAUUCCAUUUAUAUGAAAUGCCCAGAAUAGGCAAAUCCAUAGAGAGAGGGUGUGUGGUGGUUGCCAGGGGCGGGGGAAGAGGGAAUGGCGAGUAACUGCUAAUGGGUAUGGGAUUUUUUGGGUGGAGGUUUUAAAAUAUUCUGGAAUUGGACAGUGGUGGUGGUUACACUUUGUGAAUAUACUAAAAAGGAUACUGAAUUGCAUACUUUGAAAGGGUGAAUUUUAUGAUAUGUGAAUUGAUUUCAAUCAAAAAUUAAAAUAAAUAAAUUCACACAU